AGUUUCCCUCACGCGCACAGCGGAGCUCCUUACGACUGCCGCGAGCCUUCCUGCUCUCCCCACGACACGCGCCGCCAUCUUCGUCGGCUCACGAAGGCGUCAUAACGGCUCGUACCAAGUAAAGCAGGAGCGGCGGGAACGACGAAACGGAAAAGCUCCCAGUCCGGUUAAUGCUCGGGAAUCACUCGGGACUGACCUGGAUUAGCAUUUGUUCCAUUUCUGAGUUAAAGGUUGUAUUAGACUUGGUUCUUGAUCAUGACGACUAUCAUUGAUCGCCUGGUUUUGUUUUGUUUUUUAAUAUAAAGUUUCCAGUUUUUAGCUAAAAUCACCUCUAAUCUGUUUUUAAAUUUUAAUUUUCAAAGUUUGUUUUUUAGCCUCACUCUUUCUUUACGUUAGCAGUGACGAAACAGAGACGCCCCCUCCUCCCUGCACAGUGGUUCAGUCCACGUCUGACGACGAUCACGUGUUACCGUAAUAUCGCUAUUGCGUUACGCAAACGGAGCUCCGUUUUGUCCACAAACAGCUUGACGCGUCGCAGAUCGAUGGCCAGUCGGUUUGGUAUUGAUAACUGAUCUGAUGAAGCUUCGAUGACUGAUGACCUGCGCUCGCGGAGGACUUUGGUUUUGUUCCUUCCUGUCUACUGGGCCAGUUACGGUUCCGGUCCGUCAUGGUCCGACCGGAAAUCUGAACUGAUAAACAGAAGCUGAUCGAUGCGCGCGGAGCUGAAUGAGAGGCUUGAUCAGCAAUGGAGGACCGGGUCUCCGAGCCCGGCCUGGUUCUGGUCUUCAGCGGGAAGAGGAAGUCCGGAAAAGAUUACGUGACGGAGCAGAUCCAGAAGAGGUUGGGCUCUGACGUCUGCUGCAUCCUGCGCCUGUCUGGACCCCUAAAGGAGCAGUAUGCUCAGGAACACGGUCUGGACCUGGACCAGUUGAUGGGUCCUGGACCUUAUAAGGAGCAGUAUCGAGCUGACAUGAUUCGCUGGGGAGAAUGUCGCCGCCGCCAGGACCCCGGCUUCUUCUGUCGCCUGGCGAGCAGAGGAGCCUGCCAACCAGUGUGGUUGGUGAGCGACGCGCGGCGGCUCUCGGACCUGCAGUGGUUCCAGGCAGAGUUUCCUCAACAGACUCAAAGUGUCAGAGUUCAAAGUUCAGAGAAGACCAGGUCACAGAGGGGGUGGAGCUUCACUGCAGGUGUCGAUGAUGCAGAGUCGGAGUGCGGUCUGGACAACGGAGUUGAAUUUGAUUGGAUUGUAAUUAAUGAAGCCGACGCCCCCUCGUUGGACGAGCAGCUGCGUCCAAUCUUGCAGCUCGCUGAGGAAGCAGCUUCAACAUCAUCAGUGACUGAUCAGGUGGUCCCGCCCACAGAACUAACAGGUUGACCUAACCUGCAGCUCAGGUGUUUCAGAGCAGCUGCUGCAGGUGGCCGCAUGUUUUUAAAGAAGGGAGAACGGCAUGCUUUCAGCAGAAUGAACUACAAAACUUUAUUGUCCAGCUGAUCAAUAAAGUUUUAUUUAACACCU